AUGAUAUUAAAACGGCUCCUAUACCCAAUCUGGCUAUUCCUAGUUCAGGGCUUACUAGCCUUGACUAUUACUCAAGACACAAUCACAAGUGGAACCAUCAACCUUUCUGUUGGAAGCAUUACCAUUGACUCGGGAGCUUACUGGUCAAUCAUAAACAAUGCUGUUUCAGCAUUCGUAGGUGACUUGACCGUACAAAGCAAUGCCGGGUUCUAUAUCUCAACCACAAACCCAUUGAUUGGUUUGCAAGUCACCUUGCUAGGUGUCUUGAACUCAAUUCAAAACAACGGUGUUAUUUCAUUCAACUCCCUCAAGACAUUGAUUGCACCAAACUACAACUUGGUUGGUCUUUCCUUUCUCAACAAUGGUCAGAUGUACCUUGCAGCCGAUGGAACUAACCCACCGGUCAUGGCCUUAACAGCCGCAUCAUGGACAAACAAUGGAUUACUUGUAUUCUACCAAAACCAACGUUCGGAGUCUUUAAUCAAUUUGGGAACUACCUUAGGCUCAAUCACAAAUGCCGGCUCCAUCUGUCUCUACAGCAGUGUUUACCAACAAUUGACUAGUAUCACAGGCUCAGGAUGUAUCCAAGCUAAUGGCGACUCCACAAUCUACAUAUCCAAUGCGUUGUUACCAAUUUCAACAUCUCAAACUUUCUACUUGAAAGACUCCCUGAGUUCAAUAGUCGUUCAACCUUUGAGUACGCCCGCUACAUUUACCGUGGUGGGCUUUGGUAACAAUAACAAAAUUGGUAUCAGUAUUCCGCUAUUAUCUGCUCCUUACCUCGGUUUAACAGCUUAUUCAUAUGACUCUGGUACUGGUACAUUAACAUUGAGAGGUUUAAGUCUCGGUCUUUUAUCACAAAAAUUCGUCAUAGGUACUGGAUAUGACAGUAGCAAAUUUAAAAUUGUCACCGAUUCCGGUGCAGGUCUACCAACUACUUUGUUGGGAUCGGUGCAAUACAAUGGCCCUGUUCCAAACCAAUCAGUUCCAGCAGUUUGUCAAUGUCAAGUUCCACCAGAUGCACCAGGAACGGAUCUGACAUCUAGUACUCAACCGCCAUCAUAUUCUACGGAACCACCAACCUCAGAACCAAUCACAUCAGAAUCACCUUCUUCAACAGAGAGUUACACUCCGACAACUAGUGAAUCAUCUACAGACUCUUCAGCAUUCACUACUGAGUACACUACCACCUGGACCACCACCAAUGCAGAUGGUUCAGUUGAGACCGACUCUGGUGUUGUAUCAGUUUCUGGUACUUCAUCCACCACAGUGACUACAUUUGCUCCUGAAUCUUCUACGGACACAGAUAGUGAAUCAUCUACCGAUUCUUCAGCAUUCACUACUGAGUACACUACCACCUGGACCACCACCAAUGCAGAUGGUUCAGUUGAGACCGACUCUGGUGUUGUAUCAGUUUCUGGUACUUCAUCCACCACAGUGACUACAUUUGCUCCUGAAUCUUCUACGGACACAGAUAGUGAAUCAUCUACCGAUUCUUCAGCAUUCACUACUGAGUACACUACCACCUGGACCACCACCAAUGCAGACGGUUCAGUUGAGACUGACUCUGGUAUCGUCUCUGUUUCCGGUACUUCAUCCACCACAGUGACUACGUUUGCUCCUGAAUCUUCUACGGACACAGAUAGUGAAUCAUCUACAGACUCUUCAGAAUUCACUACUGAGUACACUACCACCUGGACCACCACCAAUGCCGACGGUUCAGUUGAGACCGACUCUGGUAUCGUCUCUGUUUCCGGUACUUCAUCCACCACAGUGACUACGUUUGCUCCUGAAUCUUCCACGGACACCGACAGUGAAUCAUCUACAGACUCUUCAGAAUUCACUACUGAGUACACUACCACCUGGACCACUACUAAUGCAGACGGUUCAGUUGAGACUGACUCUGGUAUCGUCUCUGUUUCCGGUACUUCAUCCACCACAGUGACUACGUUUGCUCCUGAAUCUUCCACGGACACCGACAGUGAAUCAUCUACAGACUCUUCAGAAUUCACUACUGAGUACACUACCACCUGGACCACUACUAAUGCAGACGGUUCAGUUGAGACUGACUCUGGUGUUGUCUCUGUUUCCGGUACUUCAUCCACCACAGUGACUACGUUUGCUCCUGAGUCGCAGACUGAUACCGACAGUGAAUCAUCUACCGAUUCUUCAGCAUUCACUACUGAGUACACUACCACCUGGACCACCACCAAUGCAGACGGUUCAGUUGAGACCGACUCUGGUGUUGUCUCUGUUUCCGGUACUUCAUCCACCACAGUGACUACGUUUGCUCCUGAGUCGCAGACUGAUACCGACAGUGAAUCAUCUACCGAUUCUUCAGCAUUCACUACUGAGUACACUACCACCUGGACCACCACCAAUGCAGACGGUUCAGUUGAGACCGACUCUGGUGUUGUAUCAGUUUCUGGUACUUCAUCCACCACAGUGACUACAUUUGCUCCUGAAUCUUCUACGGACACAGAUAGUGAAUCAUCUACCGAUUCUUCAGCAUUCACUACUGAGUACACUACCACCUGGACCACCACCAAUGCAGACGGUUCAGUUGAGACUGACUCUGGUAUCGUCUCUGUUUCCGGUACUUCAUCCACCACAGUGACUACGUUUGCUCCUGAAUCUUCUACGGACACUGAUAAUGAAUCAUCUACCGAUUCUUCAGCAUUCACUACUGAGUACACUACCACCUGGACCACUACCAAUGCCGACGGUUCAGUUGAGACCGACUCUGGUGUUGUAUCAGUUUCCGGUACAUCAUCCACCACAGUGACUACGUUUGCUCCUGAGUCGCAGACUGAUACCGACAGUGAAUCAUCUACCGAUUCUUCAGCAUUCACUACUGAGUACACUACCACCUGGACCACUACCAAUGCCGACGGUUCAGUUGAGACCGACUCUGGUGUUGUAUCAGUUUCCGGUACAUCAUCCACCACAUUGACUACAUUCCCACACCUGCAAGAUGCUGGCGCUUCCGAGUACACCACCACUUGGACUACUACUAAUGCAGACGGCUCUGUUGAGACUGACUCUGGUAUUGUCUCUGUUUCCGGUACAUCAUCCACCACAUUGACUACAUUCCCACACCUGCAAGAUGCUGGCGUUUCCGAGUACACCACCACUUGGACUACUACUAAUGCAGACGGCUCCGUUGAGACUGACUCUGGUGUUGUAUCAGUUUCUGGUACUUCGUCAACUACCAUCACUACAUUCCCACAUCUGCAAGAUGCUGGCGCUUCCGAGUACACUACUACCUGGACCACCACCAAUGCAGAUGGCUCAGUUGAGACUGACUCUGGUAUUGUGUCUGUUUCUGGUACCUCGUCAACUACCAUCACUACAUUCCCACACCUGCAAGAUGCUGGCGCUUCCGAAUACACUACUACCUGGACCACCACCAAUGCAGAUGGCUCCGUCGAGACUGACUCAGGUAUUGUGUCUGUUUCUGGUACUUCGUCAACUACCAUCACUACAUUCCCACACCUGCAAGAUGCUGGCGCUUCCGAGUACACCACCACUUGGACUACUACUAAUGCAGAUGGGUCAGUCGAGACUGACUCUGGUAUUGUCUCUGUUUCCGGUACAUCAUCCACCACAUUGACUACAUUCCCACACCUGCAAGAUGCGGAAACAUCCGAGUACACUACUACCUGGACCACCACUAAUGCAGAUGGCUCGGUUGAGACUGACUCUGGUGUUGUAUCAGUUUCUGGUACUUCGUCAACUACCAUCACUACAUUCCCAGCAUCUGCAACUGGCCCUAUUGUUUGUAAACGUGAUGACCCUGAUUGUAAUUCCGGAGAGGGAAUCUACACUACCACCUGGACCACCACUAAUGCAGAUGGCGCAGUUGAGACUGACUCUGGUAUUGUAUCAGUAUCUGGUACCUCGUCAACUACCAUCACUACAUUCCCACACCUGCAAGAUGCAGAAGCUUCCGAAUACACCACCACUUGGACCACCACCAAUGCAGAUGGCUCAGUUGAGACUGACUCUGGUGUCGUAUCAGUAUCUGGUACCUCGUCAACUACCAUCACUACAUUCCCACACCUGCAAGAUGCAGAAGCUUCCGAAUACACCACCACUUGGACCACCACCAAUGCAGAUGGCUCCGUCGAGACUGACUCUGGUAUUGUAUCAGUAUCUGGUACCUCGUCAACUACCAUCACUACAUUCCCACACCUGCAAGAUGCAGAAGCUUCCGAGUACACUACUACCUGGACAACCACCAAUGCAGAUGGCUCAGUUGAGACUGACUCUGGUGUUGUAUCAGUUUCUGGUACUUCGUCAACUACCAUCACUACAUUCCCACACCUGCAAGAUGCUGGCGCUUCCGAAUACACCACCACUUGGACCACCACCAAUGCAGAUGGCUCAGUUGAGACUGACUCUGGUGUCGUAUCAGUAUCUGGUACCUCGUCAACUACCAUCACUACAUUCCCACACCUGCAAGAUGCAGAAGCUUCCGAAUACACUACUACCUGGACCACCACCAAUGCAGAUGGCUCCGUCGAGACUGACUCUGGUAUUGUAUCAGUAUCUGGUACCUCGUCAACUACCAUCACUACAUUCCCACACCUGCAAGAUGCAGAAGCUUCCGAGUACACUACUACCUGGACAACCACCAAUGCAGAUGGCUCAGUUGAGACUGACUCUGGUGUUGUGUCUGUUUCUGGUACUUCGUCAACUACCAUCACUACAUUCCCACACCUGCAAGAUGCUGGCGCUUCCGAGUACACUACUACCUGGACCACCACCAAUGCAGAUGGGUCAGUCGAGACUGACUCUGGUAUUGUCUCUGUUUCCGGUACAUCAUCCACCACAUUGACUACAUUCCCACACCUGCAAGAUGCUGGCGCUUCCGAGUACACCACCACUUGGACUACUACUAAUGCAGAUGGCUCGGUUGAGACUGACUCUGGUGUUGUAUCAGUUUCUGGUACCUCGUCAACUACCAUCACUACAUUCCCACACCUGCAAGAUGCCGGCGCUUCCGAAUACACUACUACCUGGACCACCACUAAUGCGGAUGGCUCAGUUGAGACUGACUCUGGUAUUGUGUCUGUUUCUGGUACCUCGUCAACUACCAUCACUACAUUCCCACACCUGCAAGAUGCAGAAGCUUCCGAGUACACUACUACCUGGACCACCACCAAUGCAGAUGGCUCGGUUGAGACUGACUCUGGUGUCGUAUCAGUUUCUGGUACCUCGUCAACUACCAUCACUACAUUCCCACACCUGCAAUAUGCAGAAGCUUCCGAGUACACUACUACCUGGACAACCACUAAUGCAGAUGGCUCAGUUGAGACUGACUCUGGUGUUGUAUCAGUUUCUGCUACUUCAUCCACCACAUUGACUACAUUCCCAGCAUCUGCAACUGGCCCUAUUGUUUGUAAACGUGAUGACCCUGAUUGUAAUUCCGGAGAGGGAAUCUACACUACCACCUGGACCACCACUAAUGCAGAUGGCUCGGUUGAGACUGACUCUGGUGUUGUAUCAGUUUCUGGUACUUCGUCAACUACCGUUACUACAUUCCCACACCUGCAAGAUUCUGGCGCUUCCGAGUACACCACCACUUGGACUACUACUAAUGCAGAUGGCUCCGUCGAGACUGACUCUGGUAUUGUCUCUGUUUCCGGUACAUCAUCCACCACAUUGACUACAUUCCCACACCUGCAAGAUGCUGGCGCUUCCGAGUACACCACCACUUGGACUACUACUAAUGCAGAUGGGUCAGUCGAGACUGACUCUGGUGUUGUAUCAGUUUCUGGUACUUCGUCAACUACCAUCACUACAUUCCCACACCUGCAAGAUGCUGGCGCUUCCGAGUACACUACUACCUGGACCACCACCAAUGCAGAUGGGUCAGUCGAGACUGACUCUGGUGUUGUAUCAGUUUCUGGUACUUCAUCCACCACAUUGACUACAUUCCCACACCUGCAAGAUGCUGGCGCUUCCGAGUACACCACCACUUGGACUACUACUAAUGCAGACGGCUCCGUUGAGACUGACUCUGGUGUUGUAUCAGUUUCUGGUACUUCGUCAACUACCAUCACUACAUUCCCACACCUGCAAGAUGCUGGCGCUUCCGAGUACACUACUACCUGGACCACCACCAAUGCAGAUGGGUCAGUCGAGACUGACUCUGGUAUUGUCUCUGUUUCCGGUACAUCAUCCACCACAUUGACUACAUUCCCACACCUGCAAGAUGCUGGCGCUUCCGAAUACACUACUACCUGGACCACCACCAAUGCAGAUGGCUCAGUUGUGACUGACUCUGGUGUAGUAUCAGUUUCUGGUACUUCAUCCACCACAUUGACUACAUUCCCAGCAUCUGCAACUGGCCCUAUUGUUUGUAAACGUGAUGACCCUGAUUGUAAUUCCGGAGAGGGAAUCUACACUACCACCUGGACCACCACUAAUGCAGAUGGCUCGGUUGAGACUGACUCUGGUAUUGUCUCUGUUUCCGGUACAUCAUCCACCACAUUGACUACAUUCCCACACCUGCAAGAUGCUGGCGCUUCCGAGUACACCACCACUUGGACUACUACUAAUGCAGAUGGGUCAGUCGAGACUGACUCUGGUAUUGUCUCUGUUUCCGGUACAUCAUCCACCACAUUGACUACAUUCUCACACCUGCAAGAUGCUGGCGCUUCCGAGUACACCACCACUUGGACUACUACUAAUGCAGACGGCUCCGUUGAGACUGACUCUGGUAUUGUCUCUGUUUCCGGUACAUCAUCCACCACAUUGACUACAUUCCCACACCUGCAAGAUGCUGGCGCUUCCGAGUACACCACCACUUGGACUACCACUAAUGCAGACGGCUCCGUCGAGACUGACUCUGGUAUUGUCUCUGUUUCCGGUACAUCAUCCACCACAUUGACUACAUUCCCACACCUGCAAGAUGCUGGCGCUUCUGAGUACACGACCACUUGGACUACCACUAAUGCAGACGGCUCCGUCGAGACUGACUCUGGUAUUGUCUCUGUUUCCGGUACUUCAUCCACCACAUUGACUACAUUCCCACACCUGCAAGAUGCUGGCGCUUCUGAGUACACCACCACUUGGACCACCACUAAUGCCGAUGGUUCAGUUGCCACUGCAUCCGGUGUUGUCACUGUUUCCGGUACAUCUACUAUCACCAUCAGCACAUGUCCUGAGCUGCAAGCCACUGAUGCCUCAGAGUACACCACCACUUGGACCACCACUAAUGCUGAUGGUUCGGUUGCCACUGCAUCCGGUGUUGUCACUGUUUCCGGUACAUCUACUAUCACCAUCAGCACAUGUCCUGAGCUGCAAGCCACUGAUGCCUCAGAGUACACCACCACUUGGACCACCACUAAUGCCGAUGGUUCAGUUGCCAUUGCAUCCGGUGUUGUCACUGUUUCCGGUACAUCUACUAUCACCAUCAGCACAUGUCCUGAGCUGCAAGCCACUGAUGCUUCGGAGUACACUACCACUUGGACCACCACUAAUGCCGAUGGUUCAGUUGCCAUUGCAUCCGGUGUUGUCACUGUUUCCGGUACAUCUACUAUCACCAUCAGCACAUGUCCUGAGCUGCAAGCCACUGAUGCUUCAGAGUACACUACCACUUGGACCACCACUAAUGCUGAUGGUUCAGUUGCCACUGCAUCCGGUGUGUUCACUUUAUCUGGCUCCUCCACUGUAUUGUUGCCAACUGUUUCUUUGGCAGUUCCAUCUUCAAGUAGUAUUAUAUCAACUACAACUUUUGAUAAUGCCCUUCCAACGUCCAAGACUGAGAUUGCUGGAACUGAGUCUGUUCCAUCUGUUGCAAUGAAUGGAAGCAACGGAGAUAGUGAAGUUAGCAACGCGGCAGGUUCUUCUACAAGUUCUGUCAUUGCAUUUGAAUCGGUUAACCCAGAAGCUUCUAAUUCGCCAAGUAGCACAAGUGCUGGUUCUGGCUUAGGUUCCAGUUCUGUGACUGUUGGUGCUACAACUUUGGAAACUCACGGAAUCUCCACCUCUGCUUUUGUUGCAGCUACGUCAUCGAAUUCAUCUCCUAUCUCCACUUCAACUGCAUCGGUUCAACUAUCUGAAAACUCGGCGGCUAGUUUUACUCCUAGCAAAUGGAUGGCUAUUCUCUUAGCCUGCAUUGGGGUAUUCACGUUUAUUUGA